GAGGCACCUACUUUUUCAACUUAUAUGGCAACGUCGAACUUGAAGUUGACGGCGAGUUGGUGUCACCGUUCUUACGACCAAUCCUUUUAAUGUAUAAUUUACUGACGGCGCUUGUGUCGCUUGGUGUUUCAAGUAGCUUCUAUUCUUCAGAAUGCCAAGGAUGGUCCUGCAGUAUCCCGCUGGAUACCGCCGCGGCUGUCAUCAUGUCAUCAGUGCUAGAAGGCAUUUUAUAUGGCUUUUCAGUUCUCAUGUUUUUAGGUACUAUCUGGAUAAUUACUUACAAACGUCGCACAUGCGAUGUCAAUCGGCCAGCUGUUGUAGUUGCCACCCUAAUGUUCUUACUGAGUACUGUGCGUUGUGACACGUUUCCAGGGGGCCCAGCGGCGUUUUUUGCAGACAUUUCCGAAGAAAUGUUUGUAGUCAAGGAUACGAUACUCGUCUUACAAACCAUGCUUGGCGACGGUGCGGUGAUUUAUCGAUGUUACAUUGUGUGGCAAUCUGUAUGGAUUAUUAUUAUACCUUGCAUGAUGCGGUGUGGUAUAGCAGUGUUCGGUGUUGUUACGCUUUAUGACUUUUCGCAAGCGUCGAGUAACAAUGUCUUCACCAACAAGACUGGACAUUUGGUCGCGACGUUUAUGACCAAGUUGACACUUGCAACAAAUUUGCUUAGUUUAGGACUGUUAGCUUAUCGCAUCUGGAAGAGCGAACGUAAGGUCUUCAGAAUCCGCGCUACAAAGAGGAAGAUGCCUUUAUUGCGCGUGUUCAUAGAUGCUGCUAUUUUGUACCCUGCAGCGCUCUGCUCCUCGAUCAUAUGUUUCAUCCUCGCGAACAACGGACUGUAUGUUAUGGCAGACUUGGUAAUUUGGCUGUUAACAUUUGUUGUCGAUAUCACUAAGCUGAGAUCAACUAGAAUGUCCUGAUCAUCUCGAUUGCCUUCUACAUGGUGUUCAUUCGCAUCAUGAGUAGUCGAC